AUGAUGGACCUCGCUGAGCAGAUCAACCUCGAGGAGCGGAGGAAGUAUGUCAAAGGCAAGAAGCUUGGUGAGGGUACCUACGCCAUUGUAAACCUGGGCCAUGCCCGCGCCGACCCCUCCCAACUCGUCGCCAUCAAGAAGAUCAAGAAGCAAAAGGAAUAUGCAGAGGGUCUCGCCCCCGAUGCCGUCCGCGAGCUGAAGCACCUCCAGGAGCUCUCCCACCCCAACAUCAUCUCGCUGCUCUCCGUCUUCUCCACCAAGGACCAGAACCUCUGCCUUGUCCUCGAAUACCUCCCCCUCGGCGAUCUCGAGAUGCUCAUCCGCGACCAGGACGGCAUCCGCUACGGAACGGCAGACAUCAAGGCCUGGAUGGGCAUGCUGACGCGGGCCGUCUGGUUCUGCCACGAGAACUACAUCCUCCACCGCGAUAUCAAGCCCAACAACUUGCUGAUCGCGGCCGACGGCGAGGUCAAGCUGGCGGAUUUCGGUCUCGCGCGCAGCUUUGCGGACCCGUGGGGGAUCAUGACCUCCAACGUCAUCACGCGGUGGUACCGCCCGCCCGAGCUUCUCUACGGCGCCAGACACUACAGCGGCGCCGUCGACGUGUGGAGUGUGGGCACGGUCAUGGCCGAGAUCAUCGUCCGCGUCCCGUACCUCCCCGGCAACACGGAGCUGGACCAGAUCCAGCUCAUCUGCGACCGCAUCGGCACGCCGACCGAGGAGGUCUGGCCCGGCGUGAGCAAGCUUGACGGCUACGUCCAGCCGGAGCGCGUCGUGCCCCCUCAGCCCAGGGCCAACUUCCUCCAGACCUUCGGCACCGUCGGCGACGAGGGGGUCGACCUGCUAUGCAAGACGCUCAUCCUGGACCCCAAGAAGCGCAUCACCGCGAGGGAGAUGCUCGAGCACCCCUGGUGGCGUGUGGAGCCGCGGCCCACCCGGAAGCAGGACCUGCCCCGGAAGGGCGGUGGCGAGGAGAAGAUGGGCGCUGACCUCAAGAGGCGCCCGGGCGUGGUCGAUGAGGACCGGGGUGGCAAGGUGGCGCGAAAGUUGGACUUUGGAGGCGCCAAGAAAUAG